AUGGUUCUUGUCGAUACAGCUGGUCGAAUGCAGGAUAAUGAGCCACUAAUGAGAGCAUUGUCAAGGCUUAUCUAUGUCAAUAAUCCAGAUCUGGUCCUGUUUGUGGGCGAGGCACUGGUUGGGAAUGAUGCUGUUGAUCAGCUAUCAAAGUUCAAUCAGAAAUUAGCCGAUCUUUCACCCUCCCCUAACCCCAGCUUGAUUGAUGGAAUUCUGCUCACGAAGUUUGAUACCAUUGAUGAUAAGGUUGGAGCAGCCCUGUCGAUGGUUUACAUAUCUGGGGCUCCUGUGAUGUUCAUUGGAUGUGGUCAGUCUUAUACAGAUUUGAAGAAGCUGAAUGUGAAGGCCAUUGUCAAGAUCCUCCUGCAAUAAGAAGAUAUGCUGGUCUCACACCAUUUGUUACUUUUGCUUCCUAUCCUUCAGUGUGUUAUGCACCUCUGUAUCCAUGCUACCUCUUCUGUACUUUCUCCCUUUGAUCUCAUGGAGGUGAAUUAGUUCCUUGCGGCUGUAAUUUAUAUAUUGAUUUAUUUUUGUGUUCACAGCAAACCUUCACAGACACAUGGGACCUAGGAUUCCACCCGGCCAAGUCACCUCAAUUAUACAAGCUUUAACCAGUG